AUGUCGUGGCUGAGGGCGGCAUGCGCGAGACCCGGGCAGGACGGGAGCGCGGACGCGGACGUCUUCGACGACGAGGCAGACGAGACGCUGCCGGCGCAGCGGGAGUGGAAGAAGCGCGUGGAGCGGCGCGUGCGGGAAGGUUAUAGAGAUGGUGUGGAUGCUGGAAAAGCCGCCGUCCUUCAGCAGGGCUUCAAUCAAGGUUAUAAGGAGGGUGCCGAAAUCAUUGUCAGCUAUGGGCAGCUCAGAGGAACCUUAAGCGCUCUGCUCUCCUGGUGUGGCCUUCAGGAUCGUGGCUCACCUUGGAUCGAGCCCCUGAGUGACCUUCUGGACGCCGUGGGCCAGUGCGAGCAGUCUGUGCUCCAGCGCCUGACAGCCGCCCCUCCCCAACCCCACGUGGCAGAUUUGUUGGAUUCCAUCCAGGACAUGGACCUUUGUCCCUCAGCCCCGGCCUGUGAAAAGAGCGAAGAGGAAGGCCUCGGGAGAUUUGACACUGACUUGAACACAGACUGCCGCCAGGAGGCCGACCCCAGCCGCAGUCCCCUUUCUCCAGGCCAUAGAACACAGAGGGGGUCGCGUCCUGCGAAGCCAAGCUUCUCCUGGAUUGCAGAACAAACCGCCAGCAUCGUGGAACAGCUGGGCUUGUCUGCGGACAUCCUGCAGAACAUCGGGCGACCAGGAAACUAGCUUCACUUUUUGUCACAAAUAAUAUUUUUAAAUCCAUUUUAUAGAUUUGAUUUGAUUUUAUCAACAGUUGGACCAAAAUAUUUAUUGAAUUCUGCUUUAAUCUGUUCAGCCGUUACUGGUGCGCUUGCAGACAUUUAAACUUGAUGUGGCAGAAGCUUCUCUCUCCAUGUCCCCGCCCUCUGCCCUUCACCUCCCACUGUGUCUGCUGCCUUGUCUUACGAAUGAGGAAUUGGGGGAGGGGGGAAGAUUCCUCAAUCCCAGAAGAGUUUUCCCCCAACUCUUUUGUAAUUAUGAGUCUGAUGCACUUUUGUAAGUCCAUUCUCAUCAUAACACCAUCAUUGGGUGCUUACUGGAAUUCUCAGCCUUAAUAACAAAAGCGGACCAGGGCUAAGCACACAUUUCUUCCAUGAUGUCCUUACUUCUGAUCUCAUCACAGAAUCAGAAAUUAGUCUGCCCAGCCCCCACAUCUGGCGCACCUGAAUCAUAGGAACUUGUAUUCUGUGCAUGUAUAGAUGAAACCACUCACGUUUCUGUAGAUCGUUACAGCUUGUAAGUUGCAUCACUCAGCAGCAGCCCAGAGAAGUAGGUCAUGGCAAUAUUAUGAUCCCCAUUACGUAGAUGAGAUCCCUGUGGACACACGGUACCUGGUGAUCUUAGACUCGGGCCAAAGUCUUCUCCAGCCAUUAUGGCACGCCACCCCCAGCCAUCCCAGUAAAAAUGGGGGCAGUGGUAAAUACCAUCCCUGACGUUUGCUUGCCGACCAAAUUAGUUAUGGAAUUAGAAGAUGCCCUCCUGGUUGGCAUGCCUCGCCCCAACAGCUGCCUACAUCUCCUCAUUCACUUCCUCAUGAGUGACAUCUUUGUCUGUUUGAAUCUUCUCCGUGACGGGAGCUCACUACCUCGUGAGAUCUUCUCAGGGUGCUCUGAUUGUCAGGAAGUCCUUAUGUUCCUUUAGCUGGUCGCCACUCUGCCCUCUGCUGCCGCAAAAAAUUAGGUUAAUCCGGGGAGGGGUGAACCACCCAGUAACUGUAGACCCACCUGCAAUCUUUGGUUAACCUCAGGAUGGACCUUGUUGCCUUUUCAUUUAAGCGAACAAAGUGGGGCAGGAUUUUGAUGGCCAUCAGCAACUGUAAGUUAGGGAAGACUUUUCUGGAAUUUUGUGUGACCGACCCCUCUUUGAGCCACAGCAUGGUGUGGUGGACGGUGCCUGGCCUGGAGUCAGAAGACACACGCAGGCCCCUGGGCUCCUUAUCUCGAGCCCAUCCCUGCCUCCUUGGCCUGAACGUCACAUCCCCCACGUCUGCAUCCUUUGCUGGGCACGGGGUUGCUACUGGCCGCUAUGGGCUCUUGUGGCUCUUGGAGUGAGGUCUUCUCCCCAGCGCCAGCCAACAAGCUGCCCACAGUCUCCCCUAGCUCAAAGUUCUUCGGGCAGCAGUAAUUGGAUUGUCUCAGUGCAGUGGAGGGCAUUAGUCAGCUCAGUCCUGGUCCUCAGGCAUCCUGGGGGUGAAGCUUCCUAGAUGUCUCCCAGUCCCUUGGGAAGGUCCACACCACCAGCACCCGGGUUCUCCUGAAGCUUUGGGGUUAGUCUGCAGCCCUGGCUAGUAGCUGGGGCAGUCACAGCCUGCUGGUGGUGGCCACCCCUGCUCAGAAAAGCAGAAGGGAAUGGCUGGGGUCUGAAAGGUUCUCCUUUGGCCCACCCCCUCAGCUUUGGAAAGGGAGGGAGCAAUUCUUGGCCCCUCCCAAGUGGAAAUCCCAAAGCAGCCCAUUAUCUGAGUCAGAGGGCCCCGCUAAGGGAGGGUCCGAAUGCCAACAGACAUCCUCACACACACACUUGGCUACAGUUAGGCCAGGAAUGUUUCCCCACUAAACUGAGCUGCUUAGGGGCAAGGAUUGUUCUUUGUGUGCCCAGCAGAGGCACACAUUAGGUGCUUAAUAAAUGCUUGUUGACUGACUAACUACAAAUUACCUUUUUUACAUUUGAGCUCAUCAAUAAAUUCUCCCUGUGAAGCCACAUUGGUUUCUUUCUAUA